AUGAAAGCUGUCCGCUGGCAUCCACCAUCGUUUGACAUCCGAGUUGAGGAUGUGCCUGUACCAACGAUCCAAGAGCCGGACGAUGCAAUAGUCAAAGUCACUUUGGCUGCUUUAUGUGGGAGCGAUCUCCAUGUUUAUCGAGGACACGGAGGCGUUAACCAAACCCAUAUCUCUGGUCACGAAUUCAUGGGCGAAGUGGUGGAGCUUGGGUCAAGUUAUGGUGCUAGCAGCGCACAAGGAAGACCUGACCUAUAUGCAAGUUUGAAGGUUGGGGACAAGGUCGUGUCCCCUUUCACGGUGAAUUGUGGCGAAUGCAAUGUCUGUCGCCUCGGUUAUACCUGUCGCUGUCCCACGGGUGCGCUCUUCGGUAGUCCAGCUCUUGAAGGUGGUCAAGCACAAUAUAUCAGGGUCCCGAAGGCGGGGGGAACGCUAUUCAAUCUCAGCGACCCGAGUUCUUGGCAUUCAACAAUGUCGAACGAAACGAGAGCAACAGCGCUCGAGGGAAUAAACGACAGUUCCUUACUCAUGCUUGCCGAUAUUCUCCCAACUGGAGUAUUCGCCGCCUUGCAAGCUGUAAACCACCCCAAAGUUGCCCCUGCUCUCACAGGGCGUGCCUGGCCGGCUAGUUUCUUCUCGGAUGGACAGAGUGGGGGUGUUAGCGCUAUGACAAAUGAAGACCGCGCGUUAACAUUCGCCAUCAUUGGACUCGGUCCUGUUGGGCUUUGCGCUUCUGUGAGCCUGCUGGAUAUGCUUUCAGCACAGUCUCUUCCGUUUCAAAUCGUUGCCAUCGACCCAGUGGAGGAGCGAAGACAAAAGGCGAUGGCGAUCUAUAACAAGAUCGACGCUUCUGGGAAAGGAUCGGGCCAGUUCGUUGCCCUUGGAAUCGACGACGCAAAAGAACAAGUGAAGAAUUGGACCGGUGGAGUCGGAGCCACAGCGAUUCUCGAGGUUGUCGGCAAUCCCAGCGCGAUCUCGCUUGCAUAUGACUUAGUGCGGCCAUUUGGAGCGAUCGUCUCAGUUGGUGUUCAUGGAGAACCACAAAUGCCGUUCACUGGACGGCAGCUCUACAACAAGAAUGUCUCCUUCGACUUUGGUCGAUGCCCCGCUCGCGCGAUGUUCCCGAUGGCAUUUGAACUUUUGGUCAAACGACAAGACGUGUUUGGUGGUAUUGGAGGUCCCGACAGUCUCGUGGACCGCAUCGUUGGCCCAGAUGAGGCUCCUGAGAUGUACAAACAAUUCGAGCAGAAUCAGCCUCCUCCCCAAACGAAGCCUUGCGGUGAAGGUGAGGACCAUGUCUUGCGUGCUCCCUUCAUGGCGCAUAACUUUGCGCGUCCUAGAAAUCUCCGACGACGGAGGCCCCGCCGAAUGGACCUUCCUCCAACACCAAUCACGAACGGAAGUAAUGGGAUCGACCACGCAGCUCCGCCAGCGCCAGCAAGUGUAGUUGCCUUCGAUACGGAAGUUUUUCGCGUCUAUCUGAGAGCAUUACUGCCUCCAGUAAUCGCGGCUUCUCCAGACGACGUGGAAUCCCUCUUUGACGACUCCUUUGACGACCGUGUCGCAAAGUUUGCUUCUGACCCAGCAGCGACCUUAUAUGUUGUAAAAUCGAGGUUUAGUGGGGAAGAGGGGACCGAAGACGAACCGUCAUCCUACGAAUACUCCCUCACCUCCCAGCUUACUUACCACUCAUCCCAUGUCCUCACCCUUGCCCUCAUCAAACGAAGUCCCGUUCUUGACCCCUCGACAUCCCUCGCAACCCAGUUACACUUCCUCAACUUGUUUGGGGGAGACGAAACACCAUACGAGAGUUUGCAUGCCGUCGUUUCCUACGGUGUGAAACCAUGGUUUGACGCAUUCGUCGGCUCGCGGGGGUCUGGCGCUGUGGGGAGGGAUAACGCGGACAGCAAAACAGGCAUUCCAAUGACCAAGAAAAAGUUCGCGGAGUUGGAGUUGUCUCUGUUACACCUCCAACAAAAUGUUGAGAUUCCUGAGACGAAUCUUGUCAUCCAUCCGGUGAUUCAACGGGCUGUUGAGCAGGCUCAAGCAGCCAACGCUCGACCAAGUAUAAAUGAGCUUCCUGCCAAGUUACUUGCCGACAGUGCUUUCCUGAACUCUCUACACGCCAAUGUCAACUCAUGGAUACGAUCUAUUCAGGCCGUCACCAAGCUGAAUCGCGAUGUAACAUCUGGGACGGCUUCGCAGGAAAUCAAUUUUUGGAUCAGUUUGGAGCGUGAGCUUGAGGGUAUCGAGACGCAACUCAGGAGUCCAGAGGUCGAGAUGGUCAUGGAUUGUUUGCGCAAUGCCAAACGAUUCAGGGCCACAGUCAGUUUCAUCGCUGAUACGGGCUUGAAGAACGCGGUGGAGUCGGUUCACAAGUACAACAUUCUUAUGAAGGACUUCCCGUUGGACGAGCUUCUGGCAGCAACCGACCUGGGCAAAGUCCAAGAGGCGAUUUCGCUGAUUAUGCAACAUGUCAACCGCAAGCUACGACUUUCCCCGUAUCCCAUUCGCCGAGCUCUUCCCCUCGUUGAAGCCAUUUCUCGCGAUUUCAACGACCAACUUCUGCGCAUAUUAACGUCCCAUCGCUUGCCGUAUACACCCUAUGAGACCUUCGACCGCCUUCUUGGCCAAGUCACCGCCAUAUUUCGGACUUGGGAUGAACUCAUCAAAGAGUUCACCAACGUUGCUCGCGAAGUAAUGCGUAAACGAGAUGAACGGUUCAUUCCUAUCAAGGUCGUAAAUGCCCAUGUGAAGCUGCAAGAACGAACGCGGUAUCUCCGCGAAUGGCGAAAGCAACACGAACAAUUGGCGGUUAUGACCGGCCCAACACGUGGAAUUAGUGGCAGCGUGUUGGAUAUGGGUAUCGGCGGAAUGGAUAUGGAGGAGGAGGUUAAGGAAGCAUACGAGAUUGUGAAGAGUAUUGACGUGCUUGAUGUUUCGGUGGAGGGGACCGAAAUUUGGAUUGCUGCUGAACAAGCGUACAACGAGCGGGUAUCGAGGGUCGAGAACCAAAUCAUCGCCAGACUACGCGAUAGGUUGGGCACGGCGCGAAACGCCAACGAGAUGUUUAGGGUUUUCUCAAAAUUCAAUGCGCUCUUCGUUCGCCCCAAGAUUCGAGGAGCUAUCCAAGAGUACCAAACACAACUGAUCGACUCCGUCAAAGAAGACAUCAAACUUCUACAUGACAAGUUCAAAACACGUUUCCGUGAUUCGGAAGCCUCCCAUAUGUCGCAAAUGCGCGACCUUCCUGCCAUAUCCAGCGCCAUUAUUUGGGCACGUCAAAUCGAACGACAGCUUCUUACCUACAUGAAGCGGGUCGAGGAUGUCCUAGGAAAAGGAUGGGAGCUUUACGCAGAGGGUCAGAAACUGCAAUCGGAGAGCAGCGCAUUCCGGAAGAAGCUCGAUACUCGACCAGUCUAUGAUGCUUGGCUGCACGAUAUCAACCGACGCAAUAUGGGUGUUGAUGGACGACUAUUUGAGAUCAUUCGUCCGCGAGGGAGUGGAAGUGCUGCUGGAUUAUACCAAUUGGCGGUGAACUUCGACCCACAGAUCAUAACACUUUUCAAGGAAGUGCGGAAUCUAUUGUGGUUGGGCUUUCAAGUACCACAUGCCGUAGCAAACAUGGCCAAGGAGGCGAAGAGAGUCUAUCCUCACGCAGUCAGUCUGAUGGAGACGGUGCGGACGUAUGGGCAAACGCUGGAUCUUGUGGAGGAGAACAAGGGAAUCGAGUGGCUGGUUGCCGAGUAUCGGAAUGACUCUCAAAAGAUGAUCUCUAAAGGGAUGAACAUCAAAUGGGAUUACUUCGUCAGUCAAUAUGACUCGGCAGUGCGGUAUCUUCCUAGCGCAGAUGGACGAGAGAACCGACAUAUUCAGUUCGUCCGUGAGUUUGCUAGCGUCAUCUCAGUGCUGCAGGACAAGACGAACAACGUCAUCGACUUGUACAAGGACAUACUACGGGCAGUAGAAGACCUUUCGACCUGUUCAUAUACGACAGAGGCGUUCUCGGAACUGCUGAGCAAAGUGCAGGGAGCCAUCGAUCAACUUAACCUCGAGGGCUAUGCCAACCUAGAGCAAUGGGUAGCAGAACUUGACAAGCGGAUUGAGGGUAUCUUGCUGCAGCGACUUGUCCAGAUCAUCGAAGUCUGGUGUGGUGAAUUUGACCGAGCCGCGGACGACGCUGAUACCGGUGGACGACCAGUUCUAAAAGAAAUAACCAACAAGCGGAGAAAUGACAAACGAGGAAAGGAGGAGAAGUUCUUGGAGGGCAACAUGACGCUCAAGCCUGUUGUCCACGAAAUACGGAUACAAAACCAAGUCAUUUUCUUGGACCCGCCAAUAGAGUAUGCUCGUGCGAAUUGGAUUCGACAGCUCCAUGAUUGGUUGGGUGUGGUUUGUCGAUUACGGCGAAUACAAAGUUCGCGGUACGAAAUUGGACUGCAAGUGCAGGGCACGAGUGUAACAGAGACAAAUUACACUGCUUUGUUAACCCAACUACCCGAUACUGUUCUUCAACGACCAUUCGCAUUGAUCGAGACAAAAGUCCAGCAGUUGACCGAGUAUGUCGGGAAAUGGCUGCAAUUCCAGUCCCUCUGGGAUCUCGAAGCCGAAUACGUCUUCAAUCGACUGGGGGACUCAUUGCAAAACUGGCAACAACUCUUGACCGAGAUCAAGAAGACACGGUCAACGUUCGACACGUCGGAAACACAAAAGUCGUUUGGGGUGUGCAUCAUCGACUACGAGCAAGUCCAGGCCAAGGUGAAUGCCAAGUACGACGCGUGGCAGCGAGAUAUUCUCAGUCGGUUUGGAGUCAAGUUGGGCAAUGCUAUGAAGGAGAUGCAUGCAGCCAUUUUGAAGGCGCGGAAUGACCUGGAGCAUCACUCAAUAGAGGGACUGACUGCGGGAAGGAGGUAG